ACAAGAUGGCGGCCGAACCAUCGGAAACUCAAUUAGGUCUUUCGUGGCAUGAUAGUGCGUGGAUUCCGGUUCUCAAUCCUGAUAAUGUUUUGGAAUAUUUUUCACAAAGAACGAACCCCUUUUAUGAUCGCACAUGCAAUAAUGAAGUCGUUAAAAUGCAGCGACUCGACCCGUCAACCUUGUCUACCAUGACAGGAAUUGAAUACGUAGUUCUUCAUGUUCAAGAUCCAAUCCUAUAUGUCAUUAGAAAACAACACAGAAUUUCCCCAACUCAAGUUACUCCACUUGCAGAUUACUACAUGUUGGCAGGAGUGGUUUACCAAGCACCCGAUCUUUGCUCAGUCAUAAAUUCCAGACUGCUGUCUACCUUGCACCACAUACAAGCAGCUUUUGAUGAAGCGUCAUCGUACUCCAGGUAUCAUCCAUCGAAAGGUUACUGGUGGGAGUUUAAAGAUAAACAACAGAAACAUUUGACAGCUUCUAAACGGAACCAAAGUAACAAGAAUAAGACGGCGAGGGAUCCCGAUAAAGAGCCUAGUUCACAGUUUCAACGGGAAGGUGUUCACAUGUUGCUUGGGGAACUUUCAAGAAAGUUUCCACCACAGUUUCUUCAAGGCCAGACUUCCACAGGCCAAGUCAAGAAGAACGGAGACAAAAAUUCUAAUGACGACAGUGAAUCGAAAGAGGCAGAUUCUUCAGCAUCUGCAGAACCGCUUCCAAAUGGUGCUACUGUGACCGGGGGCUUAGGCACCAACGUGUCACGUGGUUCUCUUAACUCGCAUCAGGCCAUCAAGAGAACAGCGAGUACUGAUUCCUCCACAAAACCACCCCCAGGCAAGAAAAAGAAAAUUUAAACCAACUUGAGAACUUGAAAAGUAGGAAUAUUACUAAAAGAUACAAGAAACUGCAGACUUAUCUUGAAAACAUUAAAGAAAAUCUGGCAGACUCCAAAAGUAAGCAAGUUGUUCCAUGAGCACAGUCCCUUCUUAACCUGACAGGCUCGUUCUCGGGCAAACACUAAACACAGGAGUAAACAGGUGGAAUAUUGGGAGAGUGGCCUGGGCGCAAGCGUGGGAUGAUAACCCUGCAGUGGAAUCACAUUUCACCAAAGAGGGUCCCAUUGUCUAAAACAGGACAACCGCACUUGUCCACAACAAGGAGUAAUAGAGACAAAAGCAACCAAAUACCAAUGGGUUGUGUCGCAUCUGCUAGGAAUUAGUUAUGUAUAAAUGUUGAUAAAAUAAAUUGAAUCC